CAUGGGAGCAUCCCUGCGAGCAUCCCCGGGCCCGGCCGAGCGUUCCCGGCUGGCAUCGCCGCGCUGAGCAAACAGGAAACACUCGCCCUUUGUUAAUCCCGGCCCGGGCUGCGCGUUAAAUAUUUAUCUGUGAGCGGAGGCUGGUGCUGGGAGCCGCGGGGAGGGAGGGACCGAGGCUGGGCCGGCGCUGGAGGCUCCGCUGCGGGCACGGGGACCGGGAGGGCACAUCGCACCCCCCCGGCCAUGGCUCAGCCACCUCUGCAGGCGACACGGGUGCCCAUCAUCCGCCACCGCGGCUCCAACACUCUCAACUUCCACUUCCAUGACUCGGAGAGCCGGGGCACAGCCGAGAACAGCCAGGGAGCUGCCAAGAGCUCAGUGAAUGAGUGGUACCAGACCUGGCCGGCCAAGGAGCCCAAAGCCCCCAGCACCCCGCUGCCCGCCCAGCCCACCCCCAGCCCCAGGGCUGUCCCCAGCUGCCCACGGCCCCAGGGCUGGUCGGCGACCUGGACCAAGGACAGCAAGCGGCGGGAGAGGCGCUGGGUGAAGUACGAUGGCAUCGGGCCCGUGGACGAGACGGGGAUGCCGCUCGCCUCACGCUCGAGCGUUGACAGCCCCCGGGACUGGUACCGCAGCAUGUUCCGGCAGAUCCACCGCAAGCUGCCAGAGCCCGACUGGGACACCCAUUCCUGCCCCGCCACGGCGCCCCCAUCGCCCCCCAAACCGCGGAGGAGGGGCUCAGCCCCGGCGGAACCCCCCGGAAUGCCCAACGGUGACUGGACCCGCUGGGGUGCCACCCGUGCCACCGCCGAGCCCGGCAGCAUUUUUGACUAUGAACCAGGGGAAUUCUCUCCGCGGGAGCAGAGCCCGGCAGCAGCGCGGCCACAGCGGGCUCAGUCCAUCGAGGUGCUGCUGGAGCAGGAGCUGGAGCAGCUCAGCGAGGAGCUGGACAAGGACAUGAGGGACAUGGAGACGCGCCGGACACCCCGCCAGAGCCCGGCGGCUGCUCCCACCGCUCGCUCCCCUGCUCCGGCCUCCCCGGCUGCGAGGAGCCCCCUGUCACCCCACAGGAGCCCCCCUGUCACCCCCAGCAUGGAGCGGGGUGGGCUGGGGCUGGGCAGUGACAGGAGCCACGCAGCCCCCCGCGGAGACACCCUCAGGCCAGGGACCCUCCCCAGCUUGUCGGACCUGGGGGUCCCCGUGGAGGCCGUCAAGAAGGAGGAGAAGAAGAUGAAAGCCGCUCGCCUCAAGUUCGAUUUUCAGGCUGAAUCUCCUAAGGAGCUGACGCUGCAGAAGGGGGACAUCGUCUACAUCCACAAGGAGGUGGACAGGAACUGGCUGGAGGGGGAGCACCACGGCCGCGUGGGCAUCUUCCCCUCCAACUACGUGGAGAUCCUGCCCCCCACGGAGGUGCCCAAGCCCAUCAAGGCUCCCACGCUCCAGGUGCUGGAAUACGGGGAGGCGCUGGCGCUCUACAACUUCAGAGGGGAUCUGCACGUGGAGCUCUCCUUUCGCAAGGGCGAGCGGAUCUGCCUGGUGCGGCGAGUGAACGAGAACUGGUACGAGGGGCGCAUCUCGGGCACCAGCCGCCAGGGCAUCUUCCCCGCCACCUACGUCCAGGUGUUGAAGGAGCCUCGUGUCAAAGCCACGGCCGAGGACAUCCCCUCCUCCCCGUCCCUGCAGCGCUCCCCCGCUCCCCGCAUCCCCCAGGCUCCCAGCGGCUCCCCCCGGGAAGCCAGGCGGGGUCCCGGGGUGUCGGGAGGCCGCCCGUGCUCCCCGCUCCACCUGGGCACGUCCUUCCCGUCCUCCCCAAAGCUGCCCCACGCUGGCACCCCCAGCCCCGUGGUGACCUCUGCCAGCCCCCCACACCCUGCAGCCGCCCACCCCCAGGAGCCUCGGCGUCCCGCCUGGACCCCCGAGCAGCGAGCGAUCCCGGCGGCACAAACCGCUGCCCGCCCCGAGCCCGCCCCGUCCUACAACGGCUCCGAAAUCCGGUGGACUCCGUACCGGGCUCUGUACCAGUACCGGCCCCAGAACGCCGACGAGCUGGAGCUGCUGGAAGGGGACAGGGUGGACGUCAUGCAGCAGUGCGACGACGGCUGGUUCGUGGGAGUGUCCCGGAGGACGCAGAAAUUCGGCACUUUCCCCGGGAAUUACGUGGCGCCGGUGUGACCCGCGGCCAGGGGGGGAGGAGUGGGGCUGGGGGCUUCUCCCUGUUCCCUUCGUGUCCCCUCCGUGUCCCCCCACGGGGAUGAAGCGCCUCCAGCUCCCUCCCGCCCCUAUGGGGCUGCCUCUAACAGGGACAAACCCCCGGCUCGGGGUGUCCCCCCCACCCCAGCGCCUUAACCCGCCCCCUCCCCACCUCUGCCCGCUGCCACCACCCCGGGGGUGUCCCCUGGGGGUCUGGCCUGACCGUGACGGCCGCGCCCCGCCGGGUGGGUCCGCGGCCGGGAGUCGCCUUGGCUUCUGUUCCAUCAUUAAAGCUCAGCUCAAACCCA